AUGUUUGAAUUUGUCGAUAAGGAGUGGAAGGCUUUGAAGAUUAAAGGUUCUUGUGCUUUUGUUAUCAAAGGGAAAUUUAGGAGACUUAAGGAUUGUUUGAGGCGCUGGAAUGUGGAUACUUUUGGAUGGAUUGAUUCAAGGGUGGAAGAUGUUGCGAAAGAUAUAAACGUAUGUGACGAUAACUUUGUAACCUUAUUCGGGGUCAGUGAUGCUCAAGGGGUGUUAAGUGUAGCGUUGGAGGUGGAGGAGUUGGAAAAGAAACGUAUUGAAGCUUCGCGUUCUUUUUGGAACAACCUACAAAGACGUGAAUGUAUUUUGAAGCAAAAAUCAAAGGUGGCUUGGUGUAAGGAAGGUGAUCUAAACACUCGAUUUUUCCACACCUCAUUAAAGGCAAGGUGUAGGAGGAAUUUCCUGGGUAGUAUUGACACGGGUUUGGGCAGAGUAGAGCAUGUCGCAGGUGUCAAGGAAGCAGUCAAAUGUUUCUUUAAAUCUAAAUAUAGGGAGUCGGGGAUUCGGAGGCCAUGUUUGGAUGGCGUACAGUUUGAUCAGCUUGAUAAUAGGGAGGAUUUGGAGCUGGAAGACAUUUUCACGAUGGAGGAGAAUACUCUUUCAAGCGAGAUAUUUGCCUUCAUAUCAGAAUUCUACACCAAAGCGAACCUUCCAAAAGCUAUAUCGGCUUCCUUUAUAGCAUUGAUCCCAAAGGUGGAUAAUCCCUGA